UCUGGGUUAGUUUGUGAUUGGUUGUAUCUUUCAGGGGAAAUUGUUCUUGCCUGGGAUUUUGCACAGGAGUUUUAAUGGCAAGAAGACCUUUAUUUUCCUUGUUAAAACCAAACCAUUUUCACAUAAGAUAUAAUUCAAAUGAAGGUAUAAAAUAUCAUGGUUUUACGUAUUAUCCAAGGUUUCCAGAUGAGAAGGAUCCGCCAUACGAACCUACGAAGCUUCUUAUGGUGCAACGAGUGAAGCCAUUGAAAGGGAAUCCAUACUGGGACAAGAAAUUGCUGAAACAUUUUGGUUUGGAUGGAAAGCAAAGUGACAUUGCUGUCGUGAAAAACAUCCCUGAAGUUAAUGCCAUUCUAUGGAAGAUCAAACAUUUGGUGAAGAUUACACCCAUUCAGUGUCCCAAUGGCCUGCCAGAAGAAGGUGAUUAUGAAGGAACGUACUUGACAGAUUAUGGGGAAUUUAGAAUAUCCCCACGAUUGAAGAUUGAUCCAAAACAGAUUGAAGCUACAGAGGAAUUUGUGAAAGAUCCUAGAAAAUUUGAUGGAGAAACACUGCGUAAACUUUUGAGGCUUAAGUGGUUAAAUGGCUGGUAAUAUGUAACAUGAGAUUUGUUGACAGUGUGUAGUUACAUCUUAAAGUGCUGUAAUAAUAGUGUAUUUCCCACCUUAUAAAGCAGUGUAGAUGCAUGUGUGGGAUAUGCUAUAAGAUCACUUUAAACUGAAAAAAUAUUUUUUGUAUCAUUUUAAAUGAUGUAAAUUAAAAUGAAGUGUGCGCUACUGA